CGAGCGAAUUGAACGUUUUAAAUCCGUUUUAGUUCUUCGAUCCAUCAGUGUUCCCCCGAAGGCGAUCGUGACCGAACGCAAGUAUCCAGCUACGACAGCGCCAGUGUUUCUGCAAACAAGUAAAGGUCCUGUAACAUACGAAGGCCUUCAUUGUGUGACUGCAUUGACCGGUUCGAGAGGAAUUUUUCGGUUGCAUUUGUUAACCCAUCACAACGGAGAGCCCCAGGCAAACGGGGCCACAAGCUCGUGUUUCGGGGAAGGACAGUGCUCCCCCCGCCAAGCGACGCUGGGUCCCACCAUCAACAUUGCGCCAUAAACAAGAUGUUAUUGUUACACCGGAAUCCCGUAACGACCUCGUCUUUCUUCCAGAAGCUGAGCGAUGAUAUACUGCAUACAGAAUUAACUUCACAUAAUAUACUUAAAGGUGUUAUUUUGUUGAUCUUCGAAAAGGCACUCGAUGAGCCGAAAUACUCGUCUAUGUACGCACAGCUGUGCAAGCGGCUGUCAGAGGAAGCUCCUAACUUUGAGGAAAAGGGACCGUGCACAUUCCGACUGCUCCUGCUUAAUAAAUGUAAGGCCGAAUUCGAGAGUCGAUCCGAACUGUUGGAUAAACAUGCUUGCGAUCCUCUUUUGGACGAGGAAGAGCGUCGCCAGUUGGCAAAGCGCAAAAUGUUGGGUAAUAUUAAAUUUAUCGGCGAACUGGGCAAAUUGGAGAUUCUAUCGGAGGGUAUCUUACAUCGCUGCAUACAAGAACUAUUGGGUCCGCGACGAGGGGAGGAUCCAUCGGAAGAUCUGGAAUGUCUUAGUCAAAUCAUGCGCACGUGCGGUCGCAUUUUGGACUCGGACAAGGGUAAAAAGUUGAUGGAUCAAUAUUUCGAACGCAUGUCGUUAUUGGCGGAUAAUAUCGAUUUACCACCGAGAAUCAGAUUCAUGUUGAAGGAUGUUAUUGAAUUGAGAAGAGACUGUUGGAGACCUCGAAAAUCUGCAAUCGUCGAAGGUCCCAUGCCAAUACAUCAAAUUCGACCAAUUGAUGACGAUCGACUUAACUAUCGUGCCAGGAAUGAACGUAUUCAAGAACAAAGGGACCAGGAUAGAUCCGAGCUGUUCCGUCAUCCCAUGAAAACACGAAGUGGUAUAGAUAAUAUGCUAAUGGGGCUCACGUUAAGCUCACCUAGCACCAAUCUUAUUUCUGCUCAUUCUUUCAGUCCUAACGGCUUCGGUAGCCAAAGAGACGGCGGUUUCAGGCCCCACAACAACCAACGCUCCGGUUUCGGGUAUAAUAAUCAACGCGGACAGUAUAAGCACAACCAAACUAACACCAACAACCAAUUUAACACACAAUCGAGUAAAGAUCUUGCGCCACGUUUUAAAAAGAAUUUAAUUGUCCCGCACGAAGAAGAUCUCGGCGAAUUACAGUUACGACCCUCCAUGAUAUUUAACAAAGCGUCGAUGAAAAGUAGCAACAUCAUGAAUAAUCGAUCGACUGAGCCGCAAUUGCAAACUCCAAGUAGCAAUAAGCAAACGCCGACGGCUCUACUAAAGGAAGCACUGCCGAUUAAACAAGCGUCUGUGGAGAAACCGAAACAAGGGAAAAAGGAUAAGGGUCCAACCAAAGAAGAACUGUUAAAAAAGCACAUCGCAAUGUUGGAAGAGUAUUUCAAAGGCGACAUAGAUAUCAUUCAAGCUGUCGACUCGUACAAAGAAUAUAAAAUACCGGACAAGUUUGCCAAGGACAUUAUCGUUUCCGCUCUCACUACAUCACUAGAUAAAACUGAAUCAGACCGAGAAAAAACGAUUCAAUACCUGGCGCGAUUACGCAAAGAAAACGCAAUAAACGCCAACCUAAUACACGACUCCCUGAAGAUCGUGUGCAACAAAGUGGAGGAACGGGAAAACGAAAUCACAAAAGUCACUUCGGCCACUGCCAUUUUACUAGCGAUCGCCGUAACGGAAAAUUUAAUAUCGCUCACCGACGUCGCCGCCCUCACCGACAACGGCACCUACUAUCCGCUCUUCGUUCUGGUUUUGCAACAUCUGCACAAGGUGUUGGGAAAAUCUCCCCUAACCGAUUUAUUUAAUAUUAGUAAGGUAAAUUUGUUGUCGCAACUGCCAGAGACCGACAAGACAAAGAUGAGACUGGCCGAAAUUUUGGAAGAGCGCGAUCUCACCUUCCUCUAUCCGCCGCUGAAGAUCCAAGCCGAACUGAGCAAACAGCUGCACGCGGAUCCGAAUCCUCAGCAGUUCUACAAGUGGAUUAAGGAUAAUCUCGAUCCCGCCAACUUUACGGAUCCCGGAUUUAUAAAUGCGCUAAUGACUGUUCUUCUCAAGUACAUAACUCAGGUAGAGUGACUGCUUCGGCUAAGA